AUGAAGAGAGUCAGAGGUUUCAAAAUCGGACAAAGAUUCGUCAAGAUCUUCAAAUGGAUAAUCCGACCCAAGAAACGUCAAUGCCCGACCCGAAUAACCAACCCGGUUUCAGGAAUCCGGUCAUUAGCUCGGUGUUUAAGCCAUGGAGCCAAGAGAUUGUGCGGUGGCAGCAACAACAAGAAGAAGAACUCGGGUCAGAGUAAGAUCCGACUUGGUUCGGAUCCUAAGACCCGGGUUGUUCCGAGAGGACAUUUGGUGGUUCACGUCGGCGAAUCAGACGGUGACACGAGGCGUGUGGUGGUUCCGGUGAUUUACUUUAAUCACCCAUUGUUCGGAGAGUUGUUGGAGCAAACGGAGCGGGUUCAUGGGUUUGAUCAACCGGGUCGGAUCACGAUUCCGUGUCGGGUCUCUGAUUUUGAAAAGGUUCAGAUGAGGAUCGCCGCAUGGGAUAAUUGUCGCAGGAAGAGAACUUACAAGAUUCUCAAAUUUGACUCUUUUUUUUUUUACCGAGGACGAAAAUAUGAAAGAUAG